CAGUAAGCAUCCGUUUGUUUUGUUGAUCCCACCAGAGGAUUUAAUCUGCAAGUUUAACAUGGCUGCCGCUAAGAUUGUGCUUGAUCUUGUCCUGAUUACAACCCUGCCUACCAAUUACACUAAGGCUAUAAAAGUGGGGAGUGUACUUGACUGUGCCCUUGAAUGCAUACGUAAGCCAAGGUGUGAUGCCAUGGCGUUCAGCGCUCCCCUACCGAUGUGUUUUUUGUACCAGCAAAGCAUUCAGGAAGACCCCUCGGCUACUUCAAAUAUGGACUUGUUGUUAUACAACUUAAAGAGGGGCACCGAAUGCAAUGAAGUUUUUGCAAGGAGUCGCAAAUCCAGGAACCCAGUGUGCAAUGUGAAGAAAGGCUACAACUACGAACCAGAUAUGGACGUGUGCUACAAAUACCACUCCUCCGAGAAAGUUAAACACGCAGCGGCCAAGAAUACAUGUAUCAACGAAGGAGGUUCCAAUCUUCUCAAGGUCGACUCAGACAAGAAACAGGACUUCUUCAAAAAGCUCGUACCGUCAGGAUCAUUCGCGUACAUCCAAGGAGACCGGCACGACACAACGGGCGAAUGGGUUUACUGGGAAGAGACAACUGCGGUAGUGAUGUCGUACAAUAACUGGGCGGCAGGUCAGCCAAACGGUGCACAUAGGGGACAAGACUGUAUUUCUAUAGAUCCUACUGGUCAGCAUGACGCAAGCUGUCUCUUCACUAACUACUUCUUCUGUGAGAAAUACAUGUAACCGACCAAUAUAUAUUCUGGCCCCGAAACAUAGGAUUACUUCAUGCUUAUAAACAUCAGCAAAAACUUGAAAAUGUAUGAGAACGUAAUAAUUAUCUGCCGUGUUUUCAUUAACGUUAAAUAAAGCAUUAGUUUCAUGGAACUUUUAGAACUAGAACCGUUUCCUAAAACCCAUGCUGGUCGUAAACAUUGUAUUAGCAAAAUUUAGAAACAACAGUCCUCAUGAUUAUGAGAACGUAAUAAUUUUAUGUCAUGUUUUCAUAAACGUUAUACAAACUAAUUUCCUCUUUGGUUUUCAUGGGACUUUUGAGCUAGAACCGUUCGCUGGAACCUUUGCUGGUCGUAAACCUUGUACUAGUAAAAUUUCGAUAACAACAGUCCUCAUAACCUGUCUGAUGUUCACCGGAACCUGUGCUGGUGUAAACUACGUUUGUCUUCGACUUCGUUCCCCUUACUCUGAAUUUCGAUCAGUAUUUGCUUGCUGCCAUCGUAUAGAUGGAAUAUUGCAGAUUGCGGCCAUAAACAACAAAAGUUAUUUUGACAUCGCCUAUUGUGAAAUAACGCCACUGAACUUUACUAGGACGCCAUGUGUGUGUCACCAUUGCACAACUUUAUUUAACCGAUGUGUUUACAAUGUCGAUGUUCACAUUUACCCAUCAGGAUUUCAAUCAGCAAGAGCUUAUGAAGAAAGAGUAAAAAUGUAUUCUAUUUCCAGGUAACGAAUGCCAAUAAUACGACAAGUAUUGCAAAUUUAUUAUAUGAGAAUAUGCUUCAUCUGUUCAAUAUAAUUAUUGACAGGUUCAAUUACUUUCACGUACCUUCCGAAAUGUUUUCAUGUUACCACGUGACUGAGGUCAUAUGGUGGAUAGUCCUAAAUUUAAGAUUUGUCCUUUUUGUUGGUUUCACCUUCAGAAGACUUAAAAUAACCCCUCGUAUAAGCUGGUAUUACAAACUACUUUCACCUAAGUAAUGGUGUCUAUUGAUAUCCCAGUCAGCGUGUCCCUGUUCCUCAUUCGACAUGUCACAACGACAUAUAAACUUCUUGUAUAGCUGGAAGGUAUGCUGUCAGCAACUGUCAACACGCCGUUUCUAUGUGUUUUGACGAAGCCGUCAUCCUCGGCAUCAAGUCAGAUUUAGAAGAACCUGCUUGUCUGAUCAAUAUGAAUCUCAUCCAGAGGCAGGUAUAAGAGAAACACGUUUCCUAGGAAGAUAAGUCAGAACAUCAAUAUCACAACAAAUGAAAAGAAGAACGGUCGAACUCUCUGUGCAAACAUCAACCUGCCAGACUGGAACGUAAAAUAUUGACAAUUCGUACGCAGUGGUACCGGUGUUGUUGUAGGAUGUUCUGUAUUGUUUGUGUUUGGAGUUCGUACAAUAGCUUCAUUUGCUACCUAGUGAUUUACAAUAAAAGCAUGGACAUGUAAGUACGAAAGGAUGCAAGCUGUACAUAAUUAAUACUUAUACAACGACAGACUGUAUCGGGAUGUUAGGAAUGUUGGGUUUUGUUUUGUUGGUUGUGUUUCUCGUCAAUAAAUAUUAUCCAUC